AUGAAAGAAGGCUACUUUGUGUUACAAGCCGCAUCUACACGAGUACGGCACAAGCGUACCGAAUCGAGUCGAAGCUGGAAAGCAGACGACGCGCCGCCGUUUACGUGGAUUUGCGUCGAGUCCAGUCCGAAGGUAGCCCGGUGUCCUAUUGGGAAGUUAGAAGCGGACUUCUGUGACUACGGCCGUUUCUGGUGUUGCGCGGACGCGGAGAAGACGACUGCGGCAUCAUCGUACGGGUGUUCCUUGUGCUGCAGCGUGUUUGUCUCCAAAGAGUACCUCCGCAGGCACCAGGAAGAUAAGCACCUGUCGAAGAUGAGGCGGCUCCAGUGCCGCUUCUGCAGCUACACGAGCAACAAGACGAACAACGUCAAGUCGCACGAGCGGACCCACACGGGGGAGAAGCCGUACGUGUGCCCCGUGUGCUCCUCGGGCUUCGCACUCAAGGGGACUCUGGACAAACACUUGAGGGCCGUGCACAAGGGCUGCUGA